AUGAAGUCGGCCUGCAAACCCCAUGGCUCUCCGGCGGGAGCGCGCGGCGCGCCUCCGUGCGCGGUUGCGGCCGAGCGGCUGAACACGGCGUUCGACAGACUGCGCAGGGUGGUGCCGCAGUGGGGCCAGGACAAGAAGCUGUCCAAGUACGAGACGCUGCAGAUGGCGCUCAGCUACAUCGUGGCGCUCACGCGCAUCCUGGCCGAGGCCGAACGGGACUGGGUGGGGCUGCGCUGCGAGCAGCGGGGUAGAGAACACCCCUACCUCUCCUUUCCGGGUGCCAGGCUGCAGGAGCCUGAGCCCUAUGGCCAGAGGCUCUUCGGCUUCCAGCCCGAGCCCUUCCCCAUGGCCAGCUAA